GAAGGAAGAAAGAAAAAUCCUUUUGACUUAAACCGGAUUUUUAUUUAUUUUUUUUUCGAAUUCCAAUAGGUGUGGUUCAGCAACAGGCGUGCCAGGUGGCGCAAACACAUGGGGACGUCGCAACAUCAUCAACAUCCCAACUCGGGGGGAGGAGGAAGCUCGUCAUCGGGGCCGAGCAUCGGCUCCAUCGGUCUGCCUUAUCAGAGCCAACCGGCCGUCGCCUCCCAUAUUGGCCAAUACAGCGCAUCGGAAUCGACUGGAACCACGUCAGAUCGUUGCUGGCCGGAUCGCACUGACGGUGGCAAUUUCCUGUUUCCGCAAUCAGCAAACACCGGAGGCGUAGCUAGUUCGGCAUUCAACACGGCGGAAUCUUUCGGACAAUUAUUCGCGACCGCGGUGGCGGCUACACCAAGUGGCGGAUUAAGCAACUACACUCCGACUUCUUCUUCCGCAUCAUCCGCUUGUGUGGAAUACCCAUCGCAUCCGCACCAUCACUUACCGGGGGCCCUUGGCGAAACCGGUUGGAAUGCUGUGAAAUCCGGCGGCGGCGGCGGCGGAAGCGCUGGCAAUUCCAUCGAACCAAAAUGCCCAGCUUGACAACUCCUCCGGCUUCUUUCAACGGAUUCGACAACUACAACGGUCUGGCCACUGAAAAAAAAACAAGUCAAUUUCUCUGUCUGUCUAUAACGCUCCAUUGCUCGGGCGUUUCAUGACAGACUUUUAAUUUUUUGUUCUUAAACAUUAGACAAAAAUAAUUCGAUGAGACAAAAACAAAAAAAAAUUACAAUCCUUUAAAUAGUUCUCCCGUAAUUAAUGAAAAACUGAAAAAAUACAUGGUCAU